UCAUACCCCCCUCCAGUACACAAAGGAAAAGGAAAGAAAGUCGGGAUCAAUUCAAUUGGCAGUUUCUUCUUGCUUCCUUUCGCCAACUGGAGGAGUGGAGUCAUAUGUAAGGUAAUAAGACACUGGAAUCCUUGUAACCGUGGGGACUGCAAUUCCAUUCCAGUUAACAUAGAGUUAUUGUACGGACAUCAACAACAACUUUGAUAUUUACUCAAAGCUUUGACCUUUUCUUGGUGGACUGGGUCAUGUUUUUUUUCUCCUUGUGCUCCAGCUCAGCAGUGACUCGGAACAGGAUAAGGGCUAGAAAAUGGUUGGAUGGAUUUACUCCCACCUAUUGACAAGAGUGCCAGAAAGAGUUUGGUUGGAGCAGCUUGAUGAUUACUAUUUGCACCACCCUAACCUUGGGGUCUCCAAAGCUGGGCCGAUUCAUUGCAUCUUUUGAAAGAAGACCGGCCUGAAUUUUUUUUACAGUGUUGGGGUGGGAGAAGAAUUUGACCUGUCCUUGACUUUGCGUGUGGGAGUUCCAGUAUAUCAGAAAAUGCCAUCUCCACAAGCUGAGAAAAGGAUGAAAGUACAUUAAGGUGACACAAUUAUAUUUAUUCGUCUCUAUAUAGAGAUAUGGAGAAAUAUAGACAGACAGAAAGCUAGCUAGCUAGCUCAGGAGCUAGCGAGCGAGCUAGCUAGAUAGUUUCAUAACUUGGGGUGCGGCAAAGGGUCACAAAAUGUCAUUGUUUCGUGAUGUAUGCAGUCACGCUCGGCAUUAAUGCAAUUUUUAUUAAUGACCACUGCAAAUGUACACGGUUAACUGCAUAUUUAAAAUGCAUACAAGCCGUCUGAUCAACUUUUAAUGUCGCUCAACUUGCCAAGCUGGACGGAAUUAGAGUAUAUUGUAGGUUUGCAUUCUUGCAUCGUGGGCUUCAUGUUUUAUUUUCUUCGCUUUGUCGAGAGAGUGGUCAGUUUUUAAGCAAACCAGUGGUCAAAGCAAUUAGUCCUUGUGAAAUAUGUUGAAAUCAUGCCAGGUGGAUUGUCGCAUAGCAGUGAGGUACGAAUAGAGGAGAGCAUAGUGAGAAAAAGCCUUUGUGGAAAUAGAACAUGACAACACGGACUAAUGAGUGCAUUCGCUGUGACCUUGUACACUGCUUGUGAUGGAAAACAUUGUGACUUGCUUGGAUUUUAGGAUUUGAGGCUAAACUAGAGCAGCUCCAAAUUUGUAGACCCCGCAGCUCAAAAUGGGCGUUUCCUGAUUCCCGUGCCGAGACAAGCCACGAUGCGCUCAGAUGUUUUGUUUGUCUUAUUUGUUUUAGAGGAAUAAAUACCUUUUGUUUUUUGAGUACAUCCUUAGUUAUGCUGCAAUUGUUUAGCCGUUACUCGACCAAGAGUGUCAGAGUGAGGGAAAUGCUUUGAUUGCAGCUCUUCAAAAGGUUGAGCAACGAAAAAUUACGUUUUGGGGACCGGCGUGUUUUUGUCCAGGAAGUUAGAAUUGGUUUUCAAAAUAAUUCUCCUGGACUGUGGACAUAAAGUAAUUUCAGCGUUUCCAUGGUUUCCACUGUAGGUGAAUAGGAAGAGCUAGAAAGAAAAAAAAAGAAGUACAUUUACCUAGAAAAGUGUCACCAAAAUUGCAAAUGUUUUCCCGGCUGGAUGCAGUAAUUGCAAGCAAAGAUUUAGGUCCUCAUUAUGAAGUUUGAUCCACUCUAUUUUAAGUGUGUCUGAACCAUUUCUUUUGCUCACUUAAAAAGUGAUCUUUUAUUUCAUUCCAAGCGCUUAGGGGAGCGUGUUUCUAAAUAAACAUCCUCUCAUUGGGAAGGUGGUUGAAGUGGAUGUGAAAGGAUGGAAUGAAAGCUUCGGCCUUGGGAUGUGAAAAGGUAACGAUGAGGGAGGAAAAAAAUAACGUGUGUAUCAAGAGUUGAUGUGUCAGAAUGCGUGCUUGCACUUUGUCGGAGUCAGUGCAAGCUCUAAGAGGGUCAAAGACAUGAGUGUUGUCAUUGGUGUUGCUUGUAUUUAUUUUUUUUUCUUUUGAAAAGCCACGCUGAUGUGAGUGAGUCACAAUGAUUCUGAAUGGCGGGCUGGCUUUAUAAACGUCGAGCGGGUCACUUUUCUCUUGAGUCGGUCACGUAUACACAUGUGGCAAAGUCUUGUCAGUUUGAGCUUGUGAGCUUGAAGGAGGCAGCGGCACUGAGACACGUCGUCAUCAUGAAGUCUUUCUUUCUGCUGCUCUUCUUCCUGCUGUUGGUGUCACACGGGUCGUCAGCCGUCAUCACGGGGGCAUGUGAGAAGGACUCCCAGUGUGGAGGAGGAAUGUGCUGCGCAGUGAGUCUGUGGAUUCGCAGCCUGCGUAUGUGUACACUGAUGGGAGCCAGAGGAGAUGACUGUCACCCCAUGAGUCACCAUGUUCCUUUUAACGGGAAGAGACUUCAUCACACAUGCCCCUGCCUCCCCAACCUGUCGUGCAUCACUAUAGAGGAGGGACGAUCGAAAUGUCUCGCAGCAUAUCAGGGAGAUCAAGACUACAUCUGAGGAGGGAUUUGCUGCUGCCACUGCGAAUUGUCGCUGUUUAUGUAUUCAUUGAAAUAUUUUGAUUCAUGAGGUAUAUUUGAUGAGCCAACACGGUGGUGCACGUCGACCUUGCUGUUCUGAGGUUCAGGGUUCAAAUCUCCACUGUAUGGAGUUUGUCCAGUAUGUUCUUACUGUUUUUGCCUGAGUUAUCUCCAGUUCCUCCAGCUUCCUCCCACAUUUCCAAAAACAUGCAUGUGAGGCUCAAUCUAAACUCAAAAUCGGGGUUGGGCAACUGGUGGACCAACGUUUUCAAGUGAAAUCACUUAAGCCCCCGAUUCUGCAAUUCCAAUAAAUGUGAAAAAUUCUGAA